AUGACUGAGGAUGAGUCGAUCGUAUCGGAGGAGUUCGUUGGGCUCUCUCUCAACACCAUCAACUACAACCUCAACCAGGACGACAGACCGCCGCCCCCGAUAAUGCACAGCGAGGGCGUCGUAUCUACCGACAUCACGCAACGGUUUCGGGCGGCCUGUGCGACUUUGGAGCCCGGCGAGCUCGUCAAGGAUGGACAUUUCACUUUGUUUGAGUCCGUUGGAGCUCUUGAGAUCAUGGACCUCAAGAUGGACAGCGGCUGUCUGGCCCCCGGAGAGUUACUCGACGACGACUACGAUGUUACGCGGCCGCUCUUGCCCAGCGAGGUCUUGGGCAUAAUCGACCAGUUGCUAUGUCUCGAGAUGGCCUGGCACCUCGGCUACCCGCUGUCACAGACGAUACUCACAAGCAUGUACAUCGAAGCCAUGUUGGUGCCGUCCCCUACCUCCCUCGAGGAGGCUGACUUCAUCAAAAACCACCCCGAUGACGCCCCGCGUGACACCAUGCACACAGUCCUCCGGGCCUACUGCCUGGGCCUGGUGAAGUCAUGUUGGUAUGUAAACGACCGCAUCAAGGGCGAGCACUACUACGAGGAAGAGGACUUUGUGACGAACACGUACCGCCGCUCUCUGCUUUUUGACGUCGGCCUGUACGAAGUUCGUGACGAGAUCACCGAGGCCCGGCGGGUGUUGCACAGCAUCAGGUCGCAAAUACCCAACGAGAUAGGCUUGGCCCUGGAUUUCCGCCUUGAGCUGAGGACGGCGUUUCUGCGCGCUAUUGAGCUCUCGGAGCUACGCAGCAACCCGGAGUCGCUAAGCCUGCCCUGGACGCAGAUGAAGGCCAUCUGGGAGCCCAUAGACAAGUCACGCCACCUGGGAACCCCGGUUCCCGGCGCAUUCAGCACAAAGAUACAGCGUCGUCUUGCAAGCACUAUGCCGCCACGCCCUAUUGUGCAGCUGAGCUUUGAGGAGACCUCUGGCCACUUCCGGAGGCUGUUCACCGACGGAGCCGAGGUGCUCAAGGUGCUCAACUCCUCUGACCCUCAGAGUCUUCUGAACUUUGUCUUUGCCUUCCAGGCGCAGAAGCCCCAGCCGCUUGUUUACAUCCGGGCGCUCCUCCAGUUUUUCAUGUUCAAGGACAUGGUUAUUCUGGGACACCUCAGCAUUAAGAACGUCAUGGACAACGACUUGGCCAUUGUCGUCUUGCCGUGCAGCCGGCUCUUGGACCCGGCCAACGACGCCGUUGAGGCGCCCCACGACCCGCGGUUUGCCAUCGCCCACCAGGUAGAAACCUUUCGGCACAGGGCGGCGCAGUCGUACCUCGACAUCUUUCGCGCGCUGUGCCAGAACCGCUGUCGCGUGAGGAGGACGCUCUGCCACUCGAUCCAGGACUGGGAGAUGGUGCAGGCCGACGCCGAGGAGAUCGACCAGCUGCUGCAGGUCCAGCUCGACGAGCAGCCCAUCAUCUACCAGACGGCGCUGGCCUGGGCCGGGUCCGAGCCCGCCUACUCGCUGCCCCUCUCGUCGUGGGCCUACCUGUACAAGCUGCGGCUGAUGGAGUGGAUCGUGCAGCUGGGCUUCGAGCUAGAGACGUACCAGCCCGACGAGCUCGCCGGCAUGUACUGGUACCUCAGCUACCUGGCCAAGACGCGCGCCCAGCACGUCGAGCGCAUCAAGGCCUUUACCGUGCAGCGCAUGACCGACCUGCGCGCCCGCAGCCAGCCCGGCCCCUACGGCAGCUUCACCCCGGCCAUGGAAGCCGAGUUUACCCGCUCCCUGGCCUACCUGCGCGCCACCAUCCUCGACGCCGCCGUGACGUGGGAGCUCGCCGACGGCCUGUGCUGCCUGUACACGGUGCUCGCGCGGCUGCGGCUCGUCGUGGCGCCCGGCACUGGCAAGCAGCCACUGGAGGAACGGCCGUACGGCUCGGACGCGCUGCGCUACGACAUCCGCAUGAAGCCGUUCGCGGCCGUCGGGCUGCCGGAGCUGCCGGCGUUCGACAGCUUCGCACGUGCGUCGGCGCAGCCCGGCGUCGCCACGUCUAGCCUGCUUGAGUACGCCCACCGCGCCGUUGCCGGCGCUCGCAAGGGCUACGACGCCCUCGCCAAGCUGCCCGACCGCGACGCCUUCACCGUCGGCUGCCACGACCGCUGGGCUGCCCGCACCAAGAACUCUCUCAGGUCUGUCAUCGCCGCUAGCAUCGCCAUCGCCGCCCUGCAAAAGGCCCUCGCCCGCCCCCGCGACGGCGACGUCGCCGCCAGCCUCGCCGCCAACUCGGCCCUCGCCGCCACCGACGUCGUUCCCCAGGCCGUCGCCGACCGUCUGGGUCUUUCUGCUACUGUUCCCAAGCCUGAUGAUGCGUACCACGAGUGGUGGAUCGUGCCUAAGGUCGUCGAGACCAAGGCGCCGCCAAAGCACCAGUUUAGUUAG